AGACUUUUCCCAAAAUUCACUCCAGACGCACUCAUCCCUCGCUUCAUCAUCGAGCACUUCCCCCACUGUAUCCUGGAGGUCAUCAGAACCAAUUUUCCCACCCUCAGGACCAUUUUACCGACUGAAACGCGUAAAAUUAAUCUUCAAGCAAUUUUUAUUCCGUGAAACACCGGCGUUUCCACCACGUCCUACGAAUUUUCGCGAUUUUUACGGAUUGAGGAGGUUUUUGAGGUUAUCUAACCCCUCCGGCUUGGAUCAGCUGAUCAGCUGUUCAGAGUGGGUGUCAUUGAGUGUCAUCAGGUGUGAUGACUGGCCAAAAACGUCGGUGGAAGAGGAAUAAAUUUUUUUGGAGGCAUGUGAUGGAUUGAAACAAUUAAAAGUGUUUUCGAGUGAUUUUUCGCAGUUUUUUGGGAUUUUUUUGCCAGUUUAUUUGAGUCGAGGGAUUGUGGAGGUGAUUUUUCAUUAACGAGAGGAGGAUUUUGGCUGACAGCGGCGAAUUGUGAGUUGGAGCCUUCGAGUGAAAUAAUCCACGAAAUCAUUGAAAAAUUGAGAUGGAUAAUGUGUCAAUGACGUUUUGCCCACCGAACGUGACGUUCAGCCAGAUAUGGGUGGACCACGGUAUCUCCAAGUGCUUCAUAGACACCAUCAGUGCGAGUAUUAUAGCCUCUUACAUUUUGAUUUGUGGCUCGGUGCAGCUAUGGAUGUACAAGAGGUGGGGAACAUCGUCCAAUGUCACUCGACUCCCCAGGAGUAGACUCUACAAUCUCCAGAAGUUCUUCCUCUACUUUGUACCUGUCCUCAGCAUCCUGAGGAUCAUCCUGCAGGCGACUGUCCUGGAUGACAAAACAGUCUAUGGAUACAUGAUACUCACGACAAUGUUGACAACAAUUGUCUAUCCCUAUUCGGUGUACAUCCUCAUGAUCGAACGGCACAAACUCCUCCCCAGUGUUCCACCCCGUGGUCAUGGAGUCGUUCUCCUCGGGUUCUGGACACUUGCCUUCAUCGGGGAGAAUCUCGUCUUCAUUAAUAUUGGCAAAGCAGAGUGGUGGUUCCACCUAAACACGUUGAGCGAUCAGAUAGAGAUGGCACUGUUUGUACUCAGAUACGUGAGUAAUCUCAUGAUUUUUGCACUUGGUCUGAGGGCACCUGGAAUUAUCGGGAGCUCUGACAUCGAUUAUGGGUCAUUGAACGAUGACAUGGGGUCGAGAUCAGCUUAUUAUCAAGAUAGACCGGAUGACACUUCUUCGACUUGGAAAAAUGCCUGGUACAAAAUAACAACACUAUCGCCCUUCCUGUGGCCGAAAAAAGACUGUUUACUUCAGUUCAGAGUUAUAGUCUGCUUCAUGCUCCUGAUGGCCGGUCGUGUUAUCAAUUUAUACGUACCAAUUUACAAUAAGAAAAUUGUGGACAGCAUGACUGUGGAUGUUCUGAAAUUCAGGUGGGACUUGAUACUGAUCUACGUGACAUUUAAAUUUCUGCAGGGGGGAGGUACAGGUGGUAUGGGAGUUUUGAACAAUUUGAGAUCGUUUUUGUGGAUCAGGAUACAACAAUUCACCACUCGUGAAGUUGAGGUCGAAUUAUUCAGGCACUUGCACAGCCUCAGUCUCCGCUGGCACCUGGGUAGAAAGACCGGUGAAGUCCUGAGAAUAAUGGACCGUGGAACAGAUUCCAUAAACAAUCUCCUCAACUACAUCCUCUUCUCGAUAGUCCCCACGAUCGUCGACAUCCUCGUGGCUGUUGUCUUCUUCAUUUCAGCCUUCAACAAGUGGUUCGGCCUGAUAGUCUUCAGCACGAUGGCCCUCUACAUCAUCGCCACGAUCCUCAUCACCGAGUGGAGGACCAAGUACCAGAGGCGGAUGAACCUGGCUGAUAAUGCGAGAAACGCCAGGAGUGUUGACAGCCUCUUGAACUUUGAGACUGUCAAGUAUUAUGGGGCUGAGCCCUACGAGGUCGAGAGCUACAGGGAGGCCAUCCUCAAGUAUCAGGUGGAGGAAUGGCACUCGGUUGUCACUCUGAAAAUUCUCAAUACCGUGCAGAAUGUCAUCGUCUGCGCUGGACUGCUUGGGGGCUCAAUGCUCUGUCUCCGUGAAAUUGUUUAUGAGAAGACACUGACUGUUGGGGAUUACGUGCUGUUUGCUGGUUACAUCAUUCAACUUUAUGUUCCGUUGAACUUUUUCGGGACUUAUUACAGAGCGAUUCAAAAAAAUUUUGUGGACAUGGAGAACAUGUUCGAGCUUCUCCGUGAGGCCCAGGAGGUGAUAGACGCCCCAGGAGCAGGUCCUUUGAUAGUAAAACGAGGAAAAGUUGAAUUCUCAAACGUUUCCUUCGGUUACUUUGCGGAGAAGAUGAUCCUCAAGAACGUGAGCUUCACAGUUCCAGCUGGGAAGACUGUGGCCCUCGUGGGGCCAUCUGGAGCUGGUAAAUCCACCAUCAUGAGGCUUCUCUUCAGGUUUUACGACGUCGAUCAGGGAUCAAUAUUUAUUGAUGAACAGAAUAUCAAAACUGUUAAACAGGAGUCGUUGAGAAAUGCCAUUGGCGUUGUGCCUCAAGACACUGUUUUAUUCAAUAAUACUAUCAAGUAUAAUAUUCAGUAUGGAAGGAUUGACGCUCCAGAGGCCGAUGUCAUAGCAGCGUCAAAAUCAGCUGAUAUUCAUGAGAAAAUACAAUCAUUCCCGGAUCAAUAUGAGCAACAGGUGGGAGAGAGAGGCCUUCGUCUGAGUGGAGGAGAGAAACAACGAGUGGCGAUAGCCCGGACAAUGCUGAAGGCCCCAAAGAUCGUUCUGUUGGACGAGGCGACCAGUGCAUUGGACACUCAGACAGAACGCAACAUUCAGGCGGCAUUGAACCGCAUAUGUGCGAACAGAACGACGAUUAUAGUCGCCCACAGGCUCUCCACUAUCAUCCACGCAGACGAAAUCCUCGUGUUGAAGGAGGGGGAAAUAGUGGAGAGGGGAAAACACGAGGAGUUGAUAUCCUUCGGGGGGACUUACCACGACAUGUGGCAGGCGCAGCUCCAGGCGGAGUCAGAGGCAUCAGAAUUACCUCGGGAAAAUGGGGAAGAGUCUGAACGUGGCAUUAGACCUGGGAGCAACGGUCAUCUAUAGGGAAUUGGGAAAUUAAAGACUUCGGUUUUUCUUAGGAAAAUUUUGAUCAAUUUAUCGUGAUCUGAUCUUUAGAAUUUUAGGUGUAUUUCUUCAGGCAUCUCUUCGGGGAUUUUUUCAUUCGUUCAGUCCUGAGAUGAUGAUGAUUGAUUGAUAACUAGUCCCAUUAGGAGUGAAGAUGAGAAAUUGAUUAGUGAAAUUUUAUGAAUGUUUUGUAUUGUUUUGCGGUGAAAUGUUUCUCGACAUUUUUGGAAAUAAUUCAGAUGGAAUUCGUUAGCUCUUCUGCGGCUGAAUAAUUUGGGAGAAUGCGUAGCUGUAAGUUUACAUCGUAGAUUUAUUCAGUUGAAGAUAUUUUAACAUGUUUGGGAGAGCUGAAGACCCAAUAAAUCUAUAUUUCUUGGAUAUGUUUAAA